AUGGCAUUUUUUCACAUUCCACUGCCAGAAUAUUUGAAUACUGCAUCAAAAACACAUGCUGGAGAGAAGAAUCCCCUGAUUGGAACUUAUAAAGAGGGUGUCACAGCACCUAAAUACAACUCUGAAGGAAUAGCCACGCUGGACAGGCUGGGUGUUGAUGUUAUCAGCUGUGGACAUGAUCAUUGUAACGAUUAUUGUCUUCGAGAUGACUCUACACCAAACCGACCUUGGUUAUGCUAUGGUGGUGGAGGUGGAGAAGGCGGUUAUGCUUUGGUACAUCAUCAGUGA